UUCAUUUUGAAUUUCGCUUAUAUAUAAUCUCCAUAUAUACAAGCUAUAUUAACAUUGCUGUCAUAAGCUUACACGGAAGUUAUUUAAAGAUGAAUGUAUUUGUAAAAAGUUAACUUAACAGACGACUCAUGUGACCGAAACUACCUGAUUCUAUUUUUGUUUUAAAGUGUGUACAUACCUAUGAAUUAUAUCAGAUUUUUGUGAGGAUUAAGUGAAAUUUAUUUCAAAUUCAACGGCAAAAUGUUGGUUGAUUAUAUUCGAGUUUCAAGAAAUUAUUCCAACUCAACAUCACCAGACGAGGUAGUUCCGAAUUACAUUAUUUUUUUAGACACAUCAAGUUGUGGUUUAUCAUUAAUCAGUUCAGCUAUCAUCAUCAUGAUGUUUUGGCCAAAAUCGCCGUGCCGUAUUCCGGCGGAUGGGAUCACGAAACACAUGCGAUGUCUUUUAGUGUGGCUGAGUAUUGCGAACAGUAUUCACUGUACAGCGGACUUUGUGGGGGCGUUAUGGUAUUAUAGGGUGGUGCAAGAAAAGGCUAACCCACAACACCAUUUGCAUGGGCUGUGCUUAGCCCAGGGUGUAUUAUCAUCAUUUGCACCAUUCGCAGAGUUUUUGUGGACAACAGUCAUCAGCCUGCAAAUAACUUUUCUGAUUCUAGGUUGUGGACAGUCCGACACGGAGAACGAAAGAAGCAACCGCCGUCGGUGGGUGAACUUUUGUUGCGACAACAAAUUCCCGCUUAUUUGUUGGGGUUUGCCAGCGGUAGUGUGCGUGGUCGGCUUAGGGUUCCGUGUGUUUGGGGAGACAGGUCACCUGUACAGCGGCCCCUGGUGCUGGAUCAAAAAGGGUCUCCCCCAGGGGUGGAAGAUCUUCUGGAUGUUCAUGACCAUGAAAGCAUGGGAGCUCCUAGCCUAUUUCUCUUCCGCCAUGUGCCUCACACUCAAGCUCGCGCAGGUUUUGGACCGUUGGCUCAGACGAGUUCGAGGGCUCACUUUAUCAGGGCACAGUGGCAGCAGUGUUGCCGGAGUCGCGCCAGAGGCGCCCCAGGAAGCCGACACACUCCAGGAUGCGGACAGAACCUUCUUUUGUGUCGUUUGGAUAAUCUUCUACGUGUUCCGGGUGCCCGGGACCAUUAACUUCAUUCUUGAGAUCGCCUAUCCUGGUUCGCACAAAGAGCAACUUAAUUACAUCGAAAAUGUGCUGAUGGGCAUGGAGGCGUUUGGUGACGAUGCGCAAGCGUUUGGUAACCUGGAAUUCUUGGUAAUCUUCAACAAGGAGGUGCGGGCGUGGCUUUCCUGUAAACGGAACUGUGUCAGACCUAAUAAUGCGCGCGAUGAAAGGUCGAGUCUUAUUCAAUCUACUGAUAACCAUGCUGAGCCUGUGUAGGGAUCCCUAUGAUAAAUUGUUUGCAUUGAUGUGAUCUCUCAUUGACGGCGUACAGUAAAAUUGGUCUCCACGGUCUUGGUGCAAGAUGGUUGCAAAACAACAUCAAAAGAAGGCGUUAACACAGUGAUAAGCCUUGUCUAUGUGUGUGGUGUUCCGAGUUUAAACACUGCACUGAGAGAAAAAUCAAGGAUUUCAAAUAAUAACCUUUCUAGGGUGAGGAAUCGCGUAUGUGAUUUCUACACGCACACAGCGUCGCAUCGUUCUACAAAAUUCCGUCAUGUUGGAAUUUUGGACAAGGAUUGCGUCGUUAAAAUAUAAGCAAAUCUUAAAAUAUUUCACACAUGUAGAAGCAAAACAUAGUACAUAUAUAGCCUUGUAUAGGCUAAGCAAUGUUUUCAUAUUUUUUCUAAAAAAGUUACUUAGAAAUUAACGUCACUAAAUUGUUUGUUUACAUCGGUUUUGACCCGUGGUGACCCAUGUGAAAACCCCGUUGAAGUCACAUGAUUCCUCACCCUGGUUGUGUACGCUUGUGUUGUAUUGCUUCCCCGAUGCUUGAUGCAAGAAAAUAGGCAUUUGUGCAUUGAUAUAUAUUUAGUGUUUACUCUCAUGUCUCUACAAAUGGGAUAGCCGGACGGUCUCUGAUUUAUUCAUUUAGCUUCUGACAUACAGUACUGUUAAGACCAAACUUUACACCCUUGUGCACUAGGAGUGAACUACUAGUGAACAAUUUGUGCACUAUUGAUAAACUAAUGUAGUCUGUAGUUUAUUAGAUAAGCCAGUAUUGAUUUUUCUGGUCCACUGAGAUUGGCCUUACUAUAUUGAUUUAAUAUCACUGAUAAGAUCUUUUCCUCUACCAGUUCAUUUCAGAACUUGUGAUAAAAUCUUUUAGUAUUUACUGAUGACUUUAUGAUGUAAAGCCAUUGUACUAGGCUAAUACGACAAGGGGUUUCUAUUUUUUUAUUGUUGAUCAAAAAAGAAUAUUACAUUUCUUAUAAAUAGCAGAAAACGCAAAAAACGGUCUCUGAUUUAUUCAUUUAGCUUCUGACAUACAAUAGGCGACAAACUUUCAAUUUAGUCAUGACUAACUUCAUUAACAUUUAAAAAUGUUAUUUUAAGCAAUCAUCAUUGCUUUUUUGUUCAUCAACAGACAGCAUUGAAUUAGGCGGCAUUGUAAGGUUUUAGUUGGAUCUGAAAAAAACAUUCUUCAGCCGAUGUUCUAUAUGGUUUAAUAAGAAAGCUGGUACUCGUAACGUGUGAGGGAGGAUGUUUGUCUGUGAUAAAACAUUUAGAAUCGGCCUUACACCAAUCGACGAUGACGAGCAUUCGGAACUCCUCGGCCAUUUUAAUCGAAAACAACCUCGAAUGUAUUUAGACGGUUUACUUACUCAAAAAGCGGUACGUUUAAGUCCGCUGCAAGUAGAUCGCGUAGUAAUUUUAUUUAGCAGUUUAACUGAAAGACUUAACUCUUGGAAAUCUUAAUUAUGUUUGCAAUAAUUCUCUUCACUGGCAAUCAAUUUAAACUUAGAGCAAUACAUACAACUUAAAAAACACUACAUUUAAUUAAUGAUAUCAUUCAAAAUUUUACGAACUACUUCAACUGAUGUACCGGCAUACAUCCGAGGUUGUUUUCAAUAAAAUUGGCCGAGGAGCUCCGAAUGGAUGACGAGAAAACGGGUCGGUCAUCCAUCGUAGUAGUUGGAAACGAGGAACCUAGCCAACUAAAAACAUUGUUUCUGAAACCAAUGCUUAAGAUGGCGUCUUAAACUGUUCGGGAAAUGAUGCGAAGAGGUGACACCUGCUUUAUAUAUUCUAGCGCCAAAUCAACUUGACAAAUGAUGCUGGUAUCAUAUUGAUGCUGGUAUCAUAUUGAAGACAUUAUAAUCCUUGUCGCAAAUGUAAAGCUAGUGUUUAACUUCGUCAAUUGUAUAUUAAUGUUCUCAUGGGUACAAGAAAUCUCUUCAUAUAGCGUUUGUAAAACUACAUCAUUUUUUACCAUCAAUGUCAUUUGUUUGAGCUUCAUUUGUAUCUGCUUACAAAUAUUUUCAACGGAAUUUUUUUUUUUUUCCGUUUACAUAUAGCAUGGUUGUCCGGUUAGCGCAGUGGUUAGCGCACUCGCUUCUCACCUAGGCGACCCGGGUUCGAUUCCCGGCUUGGGCGCAUGUGAGUUUGGUUUGUGGUCACCAAGCCGGACAAGUGGGUUUUCUCCGGCUUCUCCGGUUUCCCCCACAACACAAGACCACACUCUCGCGUAAAAUCGUGCCAACGAGAGUGAUUAAUAUAAUGUUGUAAUAUUUUGUUUCACAAUCGUUGUAAAAUAAAUAUGUUUAAACUAAAUUUGAUUUUCUUACAACAACUGUUCUCAAACUCAAGACUUUUGCGAGUACCGAUGUCACAAAACUACUCCAGUCAAAUCUUAAUCUUUAAUCACAUUAAAGGGUAAUAUGAAUCUUGUAUGUUUUUAAUGAUUUUUAAGUCCAUAUUUUGUCUUAGAGUUCUUUAAUAUUAGUUUUGGUCAAUAUUUCAAAAAAAAAAAAAUAAUUCUAGAGCAAAAAAAGUACUUCAGUAAUUGUUAAAAAAUGAGCAAUAAUCAAUUACAUUUUUUGCUGUAAAUUAACGUAAUCUUCGAAAUCUUGAGCAAUGUUUUAACUAAUCAUUCUCUAUGAGAGAAUGUGCAUGUCUUAACAUAACAUGAUUUUAAAUAACUCUUGAUGGUAUGUGGUCAAAUGAGUUGGGAUUGAUACUUAAAUUUGACAUGAGUAUUUUUGUGAUAUUGAGGCCUGAUCGUGUCAUAAGUGGAUAAGAAUUACUGCGUUGCUCUCGAAAGGUGUUCUUAUGACUAGGUUUAUACUGACUCGGUUGGUUUGAAGUCCUGCAUUGUUGAUCCAGAUAGCUAUGAUCUGCUAAUUUUAUGAUAAUAAAACAGAAAUGUUA